GGUCCCUGCCUUUGCUCGCGAUAACUCCAUUCUAAAACCGUGGAGGGGUUUAUUGUUCCUUUUCGUUUAGUCGAUUUUUUCGUAUCUUCAGAUUCCCUACUUCAAAUUACCAAGCGGUGAAAUGGCUGGCGGGAAAGCAGGAAAAGACAGUGGCAAGGCCAAGGCAAAAGCAGUGUCACGCUCACAGAGGGCAGGGCUGCAGUUUCCCGUGGGGCGUAUCCACAGGCAUUUGAAGACCCGCACCACAAGCCAUGGGCGCGUUGGAGCCACGGCCGCUGUGUACAGUGCAGCCAUCCUUGAAUAUCUCACAGCAGAAGUGCUUGAGUUGGCGGGCAACGCCUCUAAAGACCUGAAGGUGAAGCGUAUCACCCCACGCCACUUGCAGUUGGCCAUUCGUGGAGACGAGGAGUUGGACUCCCUCAUCAAGGCCACUAUUGCUGGUGGUGGUGUGAUUCCUCACAUCCACAAGUCCCUGAUUGGCAAGAAGGGUCAGCAGAAGACUGCGUAAUAACAUGCCGAUCCAGACUGUUAAGCUCUCCUCUACGGACUGUGACCAGACCAGUUCAUGUUCCUUCUUUCCCUUUUUUUUAAAUUAAUUAAUAUUAUGGCUAACUGUGAGUGUUAGAUUUUGUGUUUUUGUUUUAUUUUCCCAAAGUAGGAAGAAGUCCCUUUGAAAUUGUAUGUUAUAGAUUUAAUGGGGUAUCUUUGUCACAGUGAAUUUGUUUUGAUUGGCCUGGCAUUUGAAAGUGUUUUAUACUGAACAAAGAACGUGUUAAAGCCAUUUUAUACAAAACUACAAA